AUGACAAGGGCCACACAAACAAUUUCCAUUUUCCUUCUUGUUUCCUCCACACUGACUAUGAUUUUCAGNCUUCCCUUCUGGGCCCUCAUCUCGUUCGGCGCAUACCUCCUGGGCAAGCUCGGCUACAAUGUCAUGACCUUCCACGAUGUCCCAGAAGCUCACAAAGAGCUCAUGGCCGAGAUUGAGGUCGCUCGUGCAGAUCUGAAGAAGAUGGGCGUCGAAGUGGACUAG